UACAUUCUUCCCUCUUUUUCUAUAUGACCAUGUCCGAUUCCGUGGCAUCUCUCUGAUCACUGGUGGCUGUGGUUUGGUUAUUUCACUCUAUCGUCUGGUCCUAACCAACCCCCCGGGACAAGUGGGCUACAAAAUUACCCACCCACCCCUCUCUCCUCAACCGCCAAAUUCCCAAAAAGCCAUGAGCCACGGGGGUCACUGAGAGAGCCCAGAAGGUCCUGCCCCCUCCCCUCUUCACCAUCAUCACCACCUCUCCUUCUCGGUCACUUCCUCUCUUCUGGGUGUCUCUCUCGCUGCAGCCGCGAGUGACGCUCCUUAAUGUUUGAGUUCCGCGCGGCAGAUUUGGCUGUCGAGACGGGACCUGUACUAGCCUCCAAGGCCGGUGCGUUUGCGACCGCUUUCGAGUUCACCGACGAACAGGCCACCACCCCCACCGCCGCCUCUCGCCAUCGCGGCCGGGGAUCCAGCAUCUCCUACCGUUCGGAUCGGCUGAGUGCCUCCCCUAUCAAACAAAAAAUGGCUACGGGUUAUGCAGUCAGCCCCGAACCGCCCGCGCUGUUCGUGCGGGCCAUGUACGAUUACGAUGCAGACGACCAUACGAGCCUGAGCUUUCGCCGCGGAGAUAUCAUCCAGGUCCUCAACCAGCUGGAAACCGGGUGGUGGGAUGGAGUCAUUGAUAACACUCGCGGUUGGUUUCCCAGUAACUACUGCACGAUCAUCACCGAGGCCGACGAUUUUGGUGAGCACAUGACGCACCUCCACGAUGAUACGGAACUGAGCGCAGAAUCCGGGCCCGAGGAUGAUUACGGCAAUGGACAUGAGGAGGACGAAGAGCUGGACUCUGAAGUCAACCCGCGCGACUCGCAGCCCAUGUUACCUAUCGAGGGUAUUCCCGCACCCAAGGAGCAGGAAGAGGCGGCGUUUUGGAUCCCCCAGGCGACUCCCGAUGGCCGCCUGUUCUAUUUCAAUACACUCACUGGAUACUCCACUAUGGAACUGCCAUUUGAGAAUCCAGCGACAAAUGAGAUUGGGCCUCGGGACCGGACGAAUUUCUUCGUCCCCGAUCAGACUCGGCCGCCUCCUGAGCUGAUGGCUCGCGGGUUUGAGCGGGAUGAGGACGAUUACGAUGGUUCGGCAUCGGAGGCUGAAGGGGAGUCCUUAAUGUUGGCUUCCCAAGACUCGAUGUCCCGCCGUCGCCAGUCUUUCAUGGACGGCGUGUCGCCUGCGACCUCGAUGGAUUCCCUCUACCCACCUGCCACAAAAGACCUCAAACAACAACCAUCGAUGAAGAGCCAGGCAUCUUACAACAGUGGGGCACCGACGAGUGCAAACACUUCUAUUGCCGAAAGCUUCUCCCGACCGUCCAUCUCCAUCUCAUCCGGUACCCCUCAACACUUUGUGGAUGACGGCUUGACAGCUCCGGUAACAUGGCCCUUGCUCGUUGAUAACAUGCGCUAUGCCGUGGAGGCUUACCGCCAGGCCCUCUUCUCUCGCGACCGAUCUGAAUACGUGCGAAGGGCCGAGGACAUUUCCGACCACCUGCGCAUGCUUCUGGCGGCUGGAUCUGACACGACGGACAACCAUUCGGGAAAUCCGUCCAUCAUUUCCACGAACAAGGCUCUGUACCCUUACUUUAGGGAUAUGAUGUCUAAGUUCUCUAAAUUGGUCCUUUCGUCACAUAUCGCGGCUGCUGAUUGGCCGGGUUCCGACUCUGUCAAUAAAUGUCUGCAGGAGGCAGAUGGCGUCAUGCAAGGAGUGUACGGCUAUGUGGACGUCGCUCGACAGCAACGUGGGGACAACGUUAACCGUAUCGUCCCUGGGUUUGUCAGUGGCAGCUCCUGUGGUGGUAGCUGGCAGAACAACGGUGUUUCGCUCAAUGCGUCUGGCCCGACAUCGUUCCUUGUCCCCGAGGGUGGUGAUUCGCGUACCGAGCCUUCAGUUCCUCUCGACUCGGCUCUUUUGGACCACAUUGAUGUUCAGAGGAGGUCAUUCGUCGGGAGCAUCCGUCGGUUGGAAGAACGUUUGUCUCUUGAUCGAAAAAUUGUUACUGUCGCUGAACAUGGUGAAAUCGCGGACGCAAUUUCGGCUGCCGCGAUCAAGGUCGUUGAACAAUUCCGUCCGUGGAUUUCGACUAUUGAGUCCAUAAAUCUCGUCCCGCUGGGAACCAGCUUCCAGAACCCUCAACUGGUUGAUUUUAGUCUGCAAAAGCAGCGUGUUUAUGAUGGCAUUGGUGAUUUCGUCCUCAGCUGCCAGGCGGUCUCUGCCCCUCUGGCCGAUGAAUGGGCGGAGCUGCGUGGCGAUUCCCUUGAUGAUCGGAUCACUGCUGUUCGAAGCGUGGCUAAGCAGCUGGAGAAUUUCGUUUCGCAGAUCGGCUUCUCGCUGUCCCUGCUUCUCGAGCAGAUUCCUGAGGAUCAAUCAGCCUCGCUGCGCAGCGAAAGUCGUUUGGAUGGAGAGAAUGAGUCGCUCAACGAGGGCGCACAUGCUCGCAGCGAAUCCCAAGCCAAGAUUGCGAAUGAGUCUAUUGGCAUUCCUUCCUCCUACGCGCUUGGCACCGACAAAGUGCGCCGCAACAUGGACAAAGCCCAGCGUUUCUUCGGUCAGGCACCUCCUACCACCGUGACUCGAGAACCGCCUGUCCGAGAGCCCGUUCGCGAACCCGAGGAGACUCCUUGGUUCCUGAAGAUGGAUCAUGAGGGAGAGGUGUUCUACGAUACCAAGGCAGACGUGCCAAUUCUCAAGUGCGGAACACUGGCUGGCUUGGUUGAGCAUCUUACGCGCCACGACAAGCUUGAUGCAUCCUUUAACAAUACUUUCCUCCUCACCUAUCGUUCAUUCACCACUGCCUCUGAACUUUUCGAGAUGCUGGUUCAACGCUUUAAUAUCCUCCCUCCAUUUGGUCUGAACGCGGACGACCUGCAAAUGUGGACCGAUCGGAAGCAGAAGCCAAUUCGCUUCCGCGUCGUCAACAUCCUCAAGAGUUGGUUCGACCAUUUUUGGAUGGAGCCUAACGACGAAGUGAACAUGGAUCUCUUGCGACGUGUACACGCAUUUACCAAAGAUUCCAUUGCCACUACGAAGACGCCAGGAGCUCCUACCCUUCUUGCCGUUAUUGAACAGCGACUCCGAGGCCAGGAUAUCUCCGUCAAGCGCCUGGUACCUACCCAGAACACUGCUGCGCCCCCGCCCAUCAUCCCGAAGAACAUGAAGAAGUUGAAGUUCCUCGAUAUCGACCCCACGGAGUUUGCUCGGCAGCUGACCAUCAUUGAGUCUCGCCUCUACUCCAAGAUUCGGCCUACCGAGUGUCUGAACAAGACCUGGCAGAAGAAGGUUGGCCCCGAUGAGCCAGAGCCAGCUUCUAAUGUCAAGGCUCUGAUUUUGCACUCCAACCAGCUGACCAACUGGGUUGCGGAAAUGAUCUUGACGCAGGGUGAUGUUAAGAAGCGUGUGGUAGUGAUCAAGCACUUUGUCAACGUCGCUGAUAAAUGUCGUGCUCUCAACAACUACUCUACCCUCACCUCCAUCAUUUCGGCCCUUGGCACCGCCCCAAUCCACCGCCUAGGUCGGACAUGGGGUCAGGUCAGUGGCCGUACAUCUGCUAUUUUGGAGCAGAUGCGCCGGCUCAUGGCGAGUACGAAGAACUUUGGUGAAUACCGCGAGACUUUGCAUCUGGCUAAUCCUCCUUGCAUUCCAUUCUUUGGUGUUUACCUUACGGAUUUGACCUUCAUCGAGGACGGUAUUCCCUCGCUUACUCCAUCGGAAUUGAUUAACUUCAACAAGCGUGCCAAGACCGCAGAGGUUAUUCGAGAUAUCCAGCAGUACCAGAACGUCCCGUAUCUCCUCCAACCAGUCCCGGAGCUCCAGGAUUACAUCCUCAGCAACCUGCAGGCUUCGGGUGAUGUUCACGACAUGUACGACCGAAGUCUUGAGAUCGAGCCUAGAGAACGAGAAGACGAAAAGAUUGCAAGGUAUGCCGAACAAGCGAGCAGAGACAAGAACUCUCUGCUUUUUGCAAGCACCGUCGCGAUUUUGCGAUGAUCCUCUUCUAGCCUUGUUUUGCUUUUUCUUUUAAUUUUUUUCUUUUAUUUUCGGGCUUGGUGUCUGGUUCUUUCGGCGAUACCCAAAUUUGACCUCAUAUUUGAACAUUUGUUUUUCGGGUUUGGACACAGAAAAAACCACGCUUUCGAAAAUUUGUGGAAGUUGUCACUAACCUGUUUUGAUUUUCACACCGUAGAUUGCUCUCUGAGUCUGGUUUCCUGUAAGCGUGUGGCGGAGACAUCCCUGUCAAAGCUGCACCUGCGGGGGGCCGUCACCACCCGAGGAUCGUGGGCGUUCUAGCGCUACAGCGAUUUGCGCUCGAAUCGCGCCAAUGAAAUUCAGUGGCUGUAUAGUGGUCGGCAGUACCAACAAGUUGGUCUCACCAUCCUGCGACUAGCAGGAUUCGUGCGGUGGCCCCAAAAUGGGGAACGUCGGCCGUUGCGACCGUGCCCAAGACAUCCUAGUUUGCGCACGAGCGCCUCAUUAUUUGCCGCCAUCGAUCACCGGCACUCUCGCCGGGCCUGUUUCGUGUCGCUGAAGCUUCGGGAUCAUGCACCUCCUCCUCACUUCUCUUCCUUUCGCAUGGGAGCCCCACGACCCAGUGGGGUAACGAAGGUGCUCUCCAACGAAUCAUUCCAACUGCUUCAUCCGACUUGUCACGGCAGUUUCCUCUUGCAUGCAUGACCCAUGCUGCAAACCCCGAUACCCUCGCUUCUUGCAUUCGAUAUACCUAUUAUUCUUUCUGAUAUAGAAUUUCAGGGACCUGACUGGCAACUUCCCUCUCCUUUACCAGCACGGAUCCGACUCCUCACUUCCGGUCCGGUGCAUUACAAGACUCCUACUGACAUGUGUUUCAAACGUCGCACCGGUCUCGGUGUAAAUUUUUGGCCGCUGUGUGGACACCGCCUCUUCCCUCUUCAUUUCUCCUUUGUGAUUACUUGGUUUCUACAUAUCCCUUACUGUUCCCGCCGGAGCGAGGCGGUUCUCCUUCGGGGUUAAUGUCUCCAUGCCAUUUCCUAUAAUGAUAUGUUAUGACCUGGGGCUGCGUUCGUGUUGGAUACGCUUUUUUCUUCGACUGUAUCAUCGCAGCAGGAUGCUUGAUUUCGUCUUGCUUUCUUGCCUUUCCCUGUACCUAUUGUUUCAAUAACCAUCCGGUCUAUACCCUGUCUUAUCUGUUCUUUUGAAUAGAAAUUCAUUCGCUAUUUUCAGAGUUAUCUCUUGCUGGGGAAUUUUGCAGAACUGUAAUCCAUUCAUGGGUGAUCUUAGUAAGAUAAAU